GCUGCGGCGGCGGAGAAGCCGGCUGAGUCAGCAGGGCGCGGCGGCGAGGGCGUGGAGGAAAGCUCCGGCUCCAGGGACGACGGCUCCGAAGCCUCUCGUGCGGUCGAAGUCGAGCCCCCGACGUCGGACUCUCCCGAGGUGAUCUACGAUGACGUGCCCGGCGAGGACCCCCUGUCUCCUGUCGAAGACAUGAUCUACGAAGACGUGCAGAGAGACUCGGGUCCUGUGAGCACGGGCAACGGCUGGAGCUCCAGCGAGUUCGAGAGCUACGACGAGCAGUCGGAUAAUGAAGCCAAAGUACCUGCGAAGAGCAAGCUCUCUCCCGAGGGGCUGGGGCUGCGGGAGCGCUGUGCCAGGACCAAGCGGGAAGUGGCCAUGCGGCUGUCUGGCAAACACAACUAUGACGUCAAGGUGCAGCAGCUGAUGAAGGCGGCGAGAAGCGGGACGAAGGACGGGCUGGAGAAGACCAAACUGGCCGUCAUGCGGAAAGUGUCCCAGCUGCAGAGGAAAGAUCAAUCGGAGGAGGAGGAUGAUGCAGGAUACCUGGAUGUGGCUGUGUCGGAAAUGAAGCACCCUCCCCCCCAGCUGAGUCCCAUGCCCGAGGGGCUGACCAGCCACCAGGUUGUCAGACGCCAUAUCCUCAGCUCCAUCAUCCAGAGCGAGCGCAGCUACCUGGAGUCUCUCAGGAGAAUCCUGCAGGAAUACCACAGGCCGUUGAUGGAAGCAGAUCCGCGCAUCCUGAGUCCGAGGAAGAUCCGGCCCAUCUUCUACCGCGUCCGGGAGAUCACGCAGUGCCACUCCAUGUUCCAGAUUGCUCUGGCGUCUCGAGUGGCCGAGUGGGACAGCAGCGAGAAGAUUGGAGACUUAUUCGUCGCCUCGUUUUCCAAGUCGAUGGUGCUGGAUGUGUACAGUGAGUACGUGAACAACUUCACCGGGGCCAUGGCUCUAAUUAAAAAGGCCUGCUUGUCCAAACCUGCCUUUCUGGAAUUCUUAAAGAAGAAGCAGGCAUGCAGUGUGGACCGCAUCACUCUGUACGGCCUGAUGGUGAAGCCCAUCCAGCGAUUCCCUCAGUUCAUCCUGCUCCUGCAGGACAUGCUGAAGAACACGCCCAAGGGCCACGUGGACCGCCUGCCGCUGCAGCUCGCUCUGACCGAGCUGGAGAUGCUCGCCGAGAAGCUGAACGAACAGAAACGAGUCGCCGACCAGAUCACGGAAACCCAGCAGCUGGCCCGCAGCGUCAGCGACCGCCUGCUCAGCAAGCAACUGAACGCGGAGCAGGGGUCGCUGGUCCUUUGUGAGACGCUCAUCGAGACCGUGUACGGCGAGCGGGGACAAGUCCUGAAGUCCAAGGAGAGAAAAGUCUUCCUCUUUGAUGAUGUGCUCGUCUGCGCAAACAUAAAUGUCAAGGGGCCUCCGGAUAUCAGCAGCCUGGUGCCCGUUGGCCCCAAGUACACCAUGAAGUGGAGCGCCCCUUUGCAACAGGUGCAAGUGGUGGAGGCGGGGCAGGAGGCGUGUCAAGGCAAAGACACCUUCUUCCAGCAGGGCGGGGCCAAGCGGACGGGAGGAGCCUGCACCUCAGGUAAAGUGAUCCUGGGGCCUCCUCGGCUCUACCAGGAGCUGCAGGAGCUGCAACAUGACCUUUCGGUGGUGGAGGAGGUCACGCUGCUGGUGGGCACGCUGCAGGGGACGUACCAGAACCUGAACACCACUGUGGCCCAGGACUGGUGCCUGGCUCUGCAGAGGCUCAUCCGCAUCAAAGAGGAGCAGAUCCAGAGCGCUAACAAAUGUCGCUUGCGCCUGCAGGUGCCCGGCAGGCCAGACAAGUCAGGGCGUCCUGUUAGUUUCAUGAUGGUCUUCAACACUCCCAACCCCCUGAGUAAGAUCUCCUGGGUCAACCGACUGCACCUGACCAAGAUCGCACUACGAGAGGAGAAUUCACCGGGCUGGUUGUACGGAGAAGACGAGGGGAAGACGAAGGCGCCGCUCUGGUGUCCGCUGCUCUCCUGUCACAUGCCCGUCUUCGCCACCAAGUCACCAGAGAGAAAGCUCGAAGCCGCCCUCCAUAAUCCUGUGCACUGUGGACUGCUGGGCUUCUCUGCAGCCAGCACCUCCUUACCUCAAGGCUACCUCUGGGUGUCAGGUAGCGGUGAAGGGUCACAGGGGCAGAUAGAGAUCUUCUCCCUCAACAGGCCGCUGCCCCGGGCUGUGAAGAGCCUGCAGGUGGACUCGGCUGUCCGGUGUCUGGAGUACGUUCCCGAACCUCCUCAGGUGGAGGAGGUGGAGGCUGCAGGUCACAAGGCGCCUUCAGGGAGCGGCGCCAACAUCUGUGUCGGACUGGACGAUGGCCGCAUCCUGGUGUACGGCAGCGUGGACACCGCAGCACAAUGCCUGCUGACCCUGCGUAACCCGGAGGGCUGCCCCGUGCUGUGCCUGAAGCAGUCGUCCCGCUUCCUGUUUGCCGGCCUGAGGGACGGCACCAUGAUGGUUUAUGGAAGAAGCACCAGUGACGAUCUGUGGGAUCCAGACUCGUGCCGGAGUGUGAGCUUGGGAUCGGAACCCGUGCGGACGCUGCUGGUUCUGGACGACUCGGUGUGGGCGAGCUGCGGGAACUCCGUCACCGCCGUGGACGUGUCCAGCCUCAACACUCAGAAGUUUGAAGUCCACCCGGACCCGAUGAUCAGCGUGGCGCACAUGGCGUGCGCGGGCGGCGGCGUGUGGAUGGCGUUCUCCGAGGGCUCGUCCAUCCGUCUCUUUCACACGGAAACGCUGGAGCUGCUGCAGGAAAUCAACAUCUCCACUCGCUCCACGCUGCUCAACACAGGUCCGAAGAACAUGCGAGUCACGAGCCUCCUGAUUUGCCAGGGGCUGCUGUGGGUGGGCACGGCCCAAGGCCUGAUCAUCACUCUCCCUGUUCCCAAACUGGAGGGCAUCCCCAAAAUAACAGGAAAGGGCUCGAUCUCGCUGAACGCCCACUGCGGCCCGGUGGACUUCCUGGUCGCCACCACCAGCACCCUGUCCCCCGAGCUGCUGAAGAGGGACUCGGUGGGGGACAGCCCGGACUCGGCGUGCGGGGGGGAGGACCGCAGCGACUCGUCCUCCCAGGAAUCCCUGCAGCAGUCCGGCUCCUACCAGGGAGAGGGGCGGGGCAAGGGGCGUGGCGUGCUGCUGCAGUACCGGCUGCGCUCCACGUCGGGUCUGCCCGGCCGGCCGCUGACGGCGCAGGGCGACGAGGCGUCCGACUCGUCCCUGGAGUCUCUGGAGCACAGCGUGGAGGACGGCUCCAUCUACGAGCUCAGCGACGACCCCGAGAUGUGGGUCAGGGGCCGGCCCUGUGAGCGGGAGGGGGGGCGCAGGGACCGGGUGAUCUCGGCGGCGGUGAUCUCUGGAGGGAGGGGCUUCCGCCGGCUGAGGGAGGGAGUGCCGGCAAGUACUCGGACAAAUGUGGAAGGUUUAGAGAAUAUUCUAAUGGUCUGGCAGCUCCCACUGACGGUGUGAUAUGAAAUGUAGAUAUGUGGCACGAUGAUGUAUAUUUAUAGAUCACUACCCAGCUUAGCCUCCAGUUACCUGUUCCAUCAUUUCAAGGGAUUUGGAUGUGUAAUGAGAAGGUGUUGCCAUUGUUACAGUCAUAUGAUUAAACCUGUGGAAUCAGAACAUCUGAUGUUCGACGGAGGUUCAGGACUGAGCGUCGUGACCUCUCCAGCUUCACACAUCUCCACAGCUCAGCUCCCUGUGGUCGUGGCUCCUCCUCCUGCUUUCGUUUGGAUUGACACGCCGCCAUUUAACCUCGUCAACGGCGGCUCUGCCUCGUUUAUCUCGGUUCUGACUCCAGUGUGAGCGCCCAUGGACACAGGCCUGUGAGAGGCCGCCUUUGGUUUGAAUGUGCCGUGCUCCGUGUGUUUGAUCUGAUCCUGUGGGAGAGAUCCCAUCUGUGUAGAGCUGAGGGACGACCACCGCAUCACAAAGCACAUGAGCAUCACUUUAUUAGCUCCGCCCACCGCGUGCUCAUCCCUGAAAAAUGUGAAAGUAAGAAAUGUCUCAACAUUCAUUAUGUGCUCAUGAAGAAGAACUUCUGUUGCAAAAAAAAUAUAUGAAUUUUGGGGUUAAGGACAAGAACUUACCAGCAUGUUCGUACAGACAAAAACUAAAAGACGCAUCUUAUUACAUUUUGCGCCAUAGAAUAAUUCUGUUGUUACAGGUCUACUAAAAAAAAAAAAUUUAAAUGUCUAGGAUCCAUAAUCUUCUGCAGCUGCCAGACAUCGGAUUCAUUAUUCAGUGUCAUCCGUCAGCCUGAUGAAGCAAAUGUGUGCUUAUUAAUACACAACUCCCAUUAGCAGGAAACUGCAGUCACACAUCAAAACCCAUAUUAUCCAAUGAUGAGAGAAUCAUGUGAGCUGCUACUGGCAGCGGAUCAACGAAGGGAAUCGAACCAACGUGCACAUUCGUUUUCUGACUCAAGUCGAUGUUUUACAAUGGCCAGCACAUCUGUACUGAAAUGAGCACAGAUGUUAAGUCACAUCAAAUAUUCGGAGUUUAACACAAACAUUAGUAUUUUCCGAUCGUGACGCUAGUCGCACGUCAACAACAAGUCGUCCCUGUUGAGUUAAACCCCCCGUCUCCGUUUUUAUUAAUAAAGUCUUCAGAUCGGUUGAAAGACAAAUUAGUCUUUGUGUUUUUAACUAAACACACAAAUUCAUGUACAGGUUCUGCUUUUUUUUUAUCAUGUAAAAUAAUGACAUUUUGUGAAUUACACAGUUUUUACCCAACAACUGUAGUAAAUUCAUCUGAGUGGGUACGAGAAUCACUGAGUGGUACUUAGUGUGAUAUUGUGAUGUUCAUGAAUAAGUUACAGUAACAUCAGGAAGGGGGGGGCUGUAAAGAAGGACUGAUGACUGAUUGAAUGAUAUUUAACCGGCACAUUUUACAACUUGGCUUCGUGGAUUCAGGAGCUCAAAGGUUAAAGUCUCUUCCCCACAUUCCUCCACGAAGCCCGUUCUCCACACAUGGAUUCACGUCUCAUCCCUCCAUCACAGACGCAGCUUAAAAAUUCACAUUUCAUUCGUUUCUCUGAGGCACAUUGACGUCCGUCCCCCCUUUCUUCUUCUUCUUCUCCUUCUUCUCCUCGGCGCUGAAAUUCAAAAGGCAUUUAAAAGUCCUGCUCUCAGUGGAAAUGGUUAAAAAAAAUAAACAAAUACGAUGAUGUGAACCGUCCUCAGAUGCUGUCAUCUAAAUGUAAAUCUCAAUGUCACGUCCAAAAUAUAUAAAUAUAUAUACUCUAAUUCAUGUCAGGUUCAAUGCCGCUGGUACCACCGCACCCUCAUGGUCACUAUGGAGAUUGUUUGUUCGACCUCAAGCAGAGAAACUGAUCGUUAUCUCCUCUGCCACAGAUUAGAUGUGUUUCACUAACUUAUCCACUAACAACUGAGAGUUAAUCUCCAAUGUAUUUCUGCCUUUAAGGGACUUUGACCAUUUCGUUUCAUUGGCUUCUAUUAUAUAUGUGCAGGUAUCAUCCAUACACUGAAUAUAAUGCUCAUGAAUGAACGUACUGUAUUACUAAUUAGAACUGUGCUAAUUAAACCUUUAUUCCCUUUUGUAAAGUGGACUGUGACAGUGUUGAUAUUUUUGGAUGAGCCUGCAUGAGGCGAGGUUUGUAAUUUUCCUGUGCUGUUAAAGGUUAUUGUUGUUUAUCAAAAUAUCUUAUUACUGUAGAUUUGCUUCUCGUCCGAAUCAGUCGUGACAACAUCAGUUUAUUUAUUUAUUUGAACAUUUAAUCAGAGCAUGAACCCCAUCGAGAGGCGGGGAGAGUUAGCAAGCAGCCAACAAACAAAACAACAAAAUGAAAUAAAUACAUGAAAUUGAAAGGUCUGAGGAGAUAAGAAACAUGAAUUGUCAAGUGAACAAACUGUUUUUUAAGAAAAGGUUCAUUUUUCAGUGUUCAACAAACUCACUGUGGUCGAUGUUUUCCUGUUUGAUGAGGUACGAUGACACGAGAGCUGCUUCAAUUUGACCAUCUGAAAAUGUUGGUUUGUUUUUAACCUGUGUGAUCAUGUGACCGCUUACGUUUCAUAAAGCCUCACCAUGUUGCUACAGUCGAAAAUAAUUCUCAUUUUGGUGUCUUCAAUAUAACCAUGACUGAAAUGUUAUUCAUGUUAAUAAUAAGAAUAAGAAUGAACCAGAAUUAUCCUCAAAACUAAAGUAUUAUUCUCAAAAGCCGUAUUGAAAUAAACAACCUGUUUCCUCUUGGUACAGAACUCUAAUGUUACACGUCUGAACAUUGUCUCUAACAAGCUAA